ACCCAAUAGCAAAUGGCGCAGCAAGAAGGGGCCUCGAACCGUGGCGACGGUGUUUCUCUUGUUAUUUCUUCCUGAAAACGAUGGAAGUGGCGAACGUCGAGGAAGCAGGUGGAACUUUCGAACGGUCCGUUAUUAGGAAUAUCGGAGAAGAAUGCCGAAUCUGCUUGAAAAAAUCCACACAUCUCUGGAAGCUCUUUCAAAACGGGGAAGAAGCCCCACGGAAAAUAAUGGCGUUUGCUGCCGUCCAGGUGGAAGAGGGAGAUGGCCUGCCAUCAACGAUUUGUUCUAUAUGUCGCAAGCUUGUCGACAUGUCCUAUAAGUUUAAGUGCCAGGUAGAAAAAUCAGAUGCAACCUUACGUGAGAUUCUUGCUCUAAAGGCUUUAGAGGACCGGAAGGAGGCAAAUCUAUCUUUAAGCGAGUCUGUCAAUGCAGCCAUUACGGAAGCUAUAGCUGACGAACUACCACAUGCAGAGAUUGAACGCACCGCCAAAGGUAGUGUUGGAAUCUCUUCAGGUGUCAACAUGGAAGCCAGCGCUAGUUCUAACGUUUGGUCAAUCGAACAGCUAACUGUGCAGAAUCUUACUAAUAAUCAGGAUAGUGUUAUAUUUUCAAUGAACAAUGGUUGUUCCGGAAGGGACGUGCAAAAUCAAAGUAUCGAUACAUCUACCUACCCAAGUGACAAUAUCAGAGAAAUGAAACAUACCGAUUUCAGGGAAGUCACGCAAACAGAGAGUAUUAAUGUUUAUUCUGGUAAUUUAAAUGCUCGGACUGAAAAUAUAGAAAUCUCUGGUUACGAAAGCAAUCACAGUGCUCGUGAGGUGAAGGAAUCGGAAUUCAAAGAGGUGGAAGAUACAGCGGUCACUCAUGUCUUUACGGAAACUUUGAAUCAAUUGGAAAGUAAAGAAAGGGAUGAGCUUAUUAAGCAGGAAGAGUUGUCCCUGCCGGAGGAGAACGAAUUCUCUGAAAUAGAGGAUAAUUCUAUAGAACAUUUACAUACUUUUGACGAGCACAAUGUUAAGAUCGAAGUUAGGAAUGAUUUGUGUUCAGGGAUUGAUGACGAAGCUAAACAUAGAAGAGUGACUGUGAAGAGUAGAACCUCUGUCCAGAGGGAGAGGGAAGAAGACAACAACAGUGACGAGGAAGAAAGACCACUUAUUAGUAGAACUCAACGACAAAAAUGUCAACACUGUAUAAAAACGUUUGCAACGAAGUUGGCUCUUCAGAGGCACAUGACGGUACACAAACACAAAACUAAACUGCGCUACGUGUGUUACAUGUGCGACAAGCAAUUCUCUAAUGUCUCGAAGCUGAAAGGUCACAUUCGCAAUAGUCACGACAAUGUCAAGAGUGCAGAUGAAGGGUCGACCGAAGAAAUUCAAGGCAAGCUGCCUGAGGUGCCAAAAGCUUCAGCGGGUCUUGAAAAAGACAAUACAGCACAGCUUGAGAUUGCCAAGUCUGAUAGGAGAAAUCUCAAGUUCACCUGUAAAGUCUGCUCGAAACAGUUUGCUUAUCAAAAGACUUUUCUGACCCAUGCCAAAACUCAUCCAGAGUACAAGGAGGAAUUGCUAAACGGGAACACUGACAGAUCGGCAGGUUUGAACGAGUCUCUGGAAACUCUUAACAGGUUUCCGAGCAUUCGGGAGAAUGAUUCGGAAAAUGAUGACGUGCUGCCAGAUGGUCUUCAGUGCAAGCAGUGCGGGAAAUUGUUUGCAACCAAAAGGAAUCUCAAUAGACACGUCUCGAUGCACAGUGGAUUAAAGUUCAACUGUUCCACCUGUGGGAAGGAGUUCUCAAGGGCAGAUAAACUGAAGGAACAUGAGCAGUCGAAGCAUAAAGAAGAAAUGUUUAGUCCAUCGGAAGAAGAGGACGAUGACGACAUGGACAACGAAAAUAGAGCUAAUGAUGGAAUAGACGACAGGAAGAAGGAGAAGAAUCGACCGCACCAGUGUGCCCUUUGCCCAAAAGCUUUUGCUCAGCCACAGUCGUUGGCCAACCAUGUGGAGAGACACAAGCGAGUGAAGGAUACUCAAAAGCGUUUCCUUUGCGAGGUGUGCAGCAAAUGCUUCGCUCAGAGUAGCUCCCUCGUAGCCCACAUGCGAACUCACACCGGAGUGAAGCCGUAUGUCUGCAACAUCUGCAGCAGGGCAUUCACGAAGAGCACGUACUUGCAAUUGCACUUGAGAACUCACAGUGGAGAGAAGCCUUACAUUUGUCAGUAUUGCAGCAGAGCAUUCGCGAGGGCGAACACAUUAGCUCGACACAUAACGAUGCAUACUGGGGAGGCCAAGUAUCACUGUCAGAUCUGCAUGAAAUCAUUCCGAAGGCUGACUUCUCUCAAUGAACAUACGUAUACUCACACUGGUCAAAGACCUUAUGCUUGCAAGAUUUGUACGAAGAGAUACAACAAUGCAGGCUCUUUGUACGCCCACACUAAGAAGUGCAAGGCGCAGCAGGUUUCUGGCACAACGACUGGCUAUACAAUGGUACCAGUGGAUAAUGGUACCACCGAACAGAAUAGUCCGGUGCCUCAGAUGUUGAUCUAUUCCCAAAGAAAACUAGUGGAGGACUCUCCAGUCGGUCAAGUUCCUCCAACGCCACAGUUCAUGAUAGCCAAUGUUCACAGUCAAAAACCUAUUUCAGGCAAUAUCAUUCAGCCAUUUACUGUCGACGAUCCAAACGUUUACGCAACUAGCGCCAAGCAGUUCAAAGGACCUUAUUAUUCGUUGUAUCCAAACAUGCAGUGAAAACCAUUGAUUUAAUUCACAAAGCAAAGAUACUUAGAAUCAUCCGUUCAUUGUAUGAAUUCAACUGUUGCUAAAAAUUAGUAACAAUUAUUGGCAGCGAUCUAGCCAGGAAAGUGAUGGCGUCACGCAGGUUUGCAUGCGUGAUUUUGGGGUUAUCUCGAAUGAAAGUAAUGAUUGUGAGCGUGAGACUCAGUUUAGUAUACUUUUGUGUAAUUACUGUGUGAGAAUUGCCUGGACACUCGAUAACAUUCCUUGAGUUCUGUUGAAUGAGAUUCCGAGUUUGACGACAUUAAUUUGUUCUGAAGAAUGUAAAUAGUUUCGAGUUAGGUGUAUUCAAUUCAACCUUGUAAAAAUACGGUGAUAUCUGUUCAACAAUGAACAUAAUAGUGAUGCGCUACAUAUAAGCAAAUUUAUAUUAAUACAAACGAUAUUAUUUUAUAAUAAAGUUUGAUAGAAAACCUU